UUGGAUCAGGCGCUUGUGAAGGUGUUGCUGCUCCUCUCUCUAUGAAUGAAGAUUGAACUUCAUCCCAGACUGCAACUUCUUUCUUCUGUCCAAAUUUGUGAGCCGCACUAGGACCACACACGGCUGUGGGUCCGACCCGGACCUGCACAUUUCGAUCCAGUGUGCCCGCUCCACACUCAACAGGCCCGACUACAACUCCAGCCCCAGGAAUCCAAUAAGGUCUUCACCUUCCUCGCGUUCCGGAAGACCCACGAGCUAGUAUUUGAUCUGAAGAUGAAGUUUCAAAAUCAACAGAUGAAGGGCUUAUGCCUGAACCAUUGACUCUCCUGCUCCUCGGAUGCUGCCUGACCCGCAGUUUUCGACUCUGAUUCUCCAGCAUUUGUGAGUCACUCAAUCCAUCGGGACUGCAACAAUUUUCGACUGUGAUCCAAUUGGUUCCUGUUUCAGUCUGUUUUCAGCAUCAGUGGGACUGGAAGAGAGACCCUACUGUUGCAGCAACGCACGGAGUGUGGAGCCUGAAACAGUUAACUGGCCUGAAAAGAGGAAUUCAAGGCUGGGAGAGGACAUACACGCGUUUGUGUGCAACUGUAGCUUCGGCCAUGGAGAAACCAUGGAAGUGUGGCGACUGCGGGAAAGGUUUCCGUGUCCCGUCUGCCCUGGAGACACAUCGUCGCAGUCACACCAGGGAGAAGCCAUUCUCCUGUCCUGAGUGCGGGAAGGCCUUCAGUGAUUCCUCUGCCCUGCUGAGGCACCGGCGAGUGCACACAGGGGAGAGGCCCUUCAGCUGCCCUGAGUGCAGGAAGAGCUUCAGCGAUUCCUCCGCCCGGCUGAGGCACUUGCGGGUGCACACAGGGGAGAGGCCCUUCAGCUGCCUCAAGUGUGGGAAGGCCUUCAACGAUUCCUCCGCCCUGAUAAGGCACCAGCGGCUGCACACAGGGGAGAGGCCCUUCCGCUGCCCUGAUUGUGGGAAGGUGUUCACUCGCUCCUCCCACCUCGUGAUUCACCAGCGGGUCCACACCGGUGAGAAGCCCUUCCCCUGCCCCAAAUGUGGGAAGGCCUUCAGCGAUUCCUCUGACCUGCUGGCCCAUCGGCGGGUCCACACCGGCGAGAGGCCAUUCACCUGCUCUGUCUGCGGGAAGUGCUUCACACGCUCUUCUGACCUGCUGAAGCACCAGCGUGUCCACACUGGGGAAAGGCCCUACAGCUGCUCUGAGUGUGGGAAGGGCUUUACCCAGGCAUCCCACUUGCUGACACACCGGUGGGUCCACACUGGGGAGAGGCCGUUCACCUGCCUCGAGUGCGGGAAGGGCUUUGCUGUCUCCUCCAGUCUACUGACGCACCAGCGGGUCCACACUGGAGAGAGGCCGUUUGCCUGCCCUGAGUGUGGGCAGAGGUUCACAAUGUCCUGCAGUUUGAACAAGCACCAGCGGAGGCACCAAUGCUCCCAACAAUCAGAUUCUGCCGGUAACGCUGCUGAGGGUCACCCCCAGGACUGCGCCAUUAUUGCGUCACAGCAGCUGCAGGCCAUCACCGGGGGCUCGCACUAUGACGUCAUGGUGCGACUGGAAGUCCCCGGGACAGUUUAUCAAAGAAACCUCCCUGUGGCAUAUUACACGACAGCAGUGGAGGUCAUUGACAUCAGUCUGGAACGUGCAUGCCGCGUGCCAGAUGAAAGGCUGAAGGGACCUGGGGAAAAACGGGAGCGGGCUGGGCCCAAUAACGCAGAGAUCGAUGGGUUGAAACCAUCCUCUGCUGUUGUUCGAUGUCUCCCUGAGCAGUUUCCUUUUUGUGAGUCACUCAAUCCAUCGGGACUGCAACAAUUUUCGACUGUGAUCCAAUUGGUUCCUGUUUCAGUCUGUUUUCAGCAUCAGUGGGACUGGAAGAGAGACCCUACUGUUGCAGCAACGCACGGAGUGUGGAGCCUGAAACAGUUAACUGGCCUGAAAAGAGGAAUUCAAGGCUGGGAGAGGACAUACACGCGUUUGUGUGCAACUGUAGCUUCGGCCAUGGAGAAACCAUGGAAGUGUGGCGACUGCGGGAAAGGUUUCCGUGUCCCGUCUGCCCUGGAGACACAUCGUCGCAGUCACACCAGGGAGAAGCCAUUCUCCUGUCCUGAGUGCGGGAAGGCCUUCAGUGAUUCCUCUGCCCUGCUGAGGCACCGGCGAGUGCACACAGGGGAGAGGCCCUUCAGCUGCCCUGAGUGCAGGAAGAGCUUCAGCGAUUCCUCCGCCCGGCUGAGGCACUUGCGGGUGCACACAGGGGAGAGGCCCUUCAGCUGCCUCAAGUGUGGGAAGGCCUUCAACGAUUCCUCCGCCCUGAUAAGGCACCAGCGGCUGCACACAGGGGAGAGGCCCUUCCGCUGCCCUGAUUGUGGGAAGGUGUUCACUCGCUCCUCCCACCUCGUGAUUCACCAGCGGGUCCACACCGGUGAGAAGCCCUUCCCCUGCCCCAAAUGUGGGAAGGCCUUCAGCGAUUCCUCUGACCUGCUGGCCCACCGGCGGGUCCACACCGGCGAGAGGCCAUUCACCUGCUCUGUCUGCGGGAAGUGCUUCACACGCUCUUCUGACCUGCUGAAGCACCAGCGUGUCCACACUGGGGAAAGGCCCUACAGCUGCUCUGAGUGUGGGAAGGGCUUUACCCAGGCAUCCCACUUGCUGACACACCGGUGGGUCCACACUGGGGAGAGGCCGUUCACCUGCCUCGAGUGCGGGAAGGGCUUUGCUGUCUCCUCCAGUCUACUGACGCACCAGCGGGUCCACACUGGAGAGAGGCCGUUUGCCUGCCCUGAGUGUGGGCAGAGGUUCACAAUGUCCUGCAGUUUGAACAAGCACCAGCGGAGGCACCAAUGCUCCCAACAAUCAGAUUCUGCCGGUAACGCUGCUGAGGGUCACCCCCAGGACUGAACCUCCUGCCCUUUCUGACA